CGCCUGACAGCCAUAUUUGAUUCGAUUAUGCUGUUCUGGCUGCGACAACCAGUUUAGCCAGUUCUUAACGGGAAAAAAAAACCUACACGGCCAGCUUUAAAGGUUAAUCCGCGACGAAGUCCAGCAGCAUUCUCAGUAACAACAGUUUAUAACCCGUAGACGAAGAUGAAUCCCGAAUAUGAUUAUUUAUUCAAACUGCUGCUGAUCGGUGAUUCUGGUGUUGGAAAAUCUUGUCUCCUUCUCCGGUUUGCAGAUGACACGUACACAGAGAGUUACAUUAGUACCAUUGGCGUGGACUUCAAGAUCAGGACCAUCGAGCUGGAUGGGAAGACCAUAAAACUUCAGAUUUGGGACACGGCCGGUCAGGAGCGGUUCCGCACCAUCACGUCCAGUUACUACAGAGGAGCUCACGGCAUCAUCGUGGUUUACGACGUGACGGAUCAGGAGUCCUUCAACAACGUCAAACAGUGGCUGCAGGAGAUCGACCGCUACGCCAGCGAGAACGUCAACAAGCUGCUCGUCGGCAACAAGUGUGACCUCACGACGAAGAAGGUGGUGGAUUACACCACAGCGAAGGAAUUUGCCGACAACUUGGGGAUCCCCUUCCUGGAGACGAGCGCCAAGAGCGCCACCAACGUGGAGCAGGCCUUCAUGACCAUGGCGGCCGAGAUCAAGAAGAGGAUGGGCCCCGGGGCCACGGCCGGGUCCUCCGAGAAGUCCAACGUGAAGAUCCAGAGCAAGCCGGUCAACACCUCGUCCGGAGGCUGCUGCUGAGACCCCCGAUAAAUAAUACAAAAUAAAAAAUAAACAGCCACGACCCCCCCAACCCCCCUCUCCCCCGAACCCACGACCAGCCUCGAUGUUACCGCGCUCCACAGGGAAAGAACAGCAGAGAGGGAGGAAAAGACGAGAGGAGGGAGACUCUGAGCGGACCGGUUUGUAAGAAUCCCGUUCCACCCUUUAAGUCAGCAAUAGGACGGUAAGCCCCCCCCCCACCCCCCCACCCACCCCCACCCACCCCAUCCCCAAAACCAACAGAACACUUUUGUUACGUUACCAAAACACACUCAUACUGGAAGAAAGAAACUUAAAUGUAGAACAUUUUUAACAGUGUGUGAAGUUAACCAAUGAAAGAAAAAAAAACACACUUUAUUCAGCUUUUUUUUUUCUUUUCUUUUUUGUUUGCCCCCCCCCCCCCCCCCCCCCCCCCCGAAAUGAGUCACUUUUCU